CUUCCCAGGCCAUAAAUGGGAGGGAGGGCCGGGCGUCUGGACGGACAAAUAGCCUCGCCGUCCUCAGCCGGAGCUGCGUCGGGGCUGAGCCGGGCGAGGCAGGGCUUCUCUCCUCUGGGCCUGUUCCCUUUCUCUCCGGGUGUGCACGAAGAUGUCUCUUGUCACAGUGCCCUUCUACCAAAAGCGACACAAGCACUUCGACCAGUCGUACCGCAAUGUUCAGACAAGGUACCUUCUGGACGAGUAUGCUGCGAAAAAGCGUACCUCCAGCCGGUCGUCUUCCCAGAAGUCUCUCUCUCAGAAGUCGUCUUCCCAGAGAGCGUCGGACCGGGGGUCGUUUGCAGCAACCACCUGCAGUAUCUGCGCAAAGCGGGUGAGCACCGCGCAGGAGGAGGAGGAGGAGCACGAGAAGAAGAGGAGGUACCAGUCCCUGGUGGCUUCUUACGGAGAAGCCAAGCGGGAGCGUUUCCUCCGGGAGCUGGCCGAGAUGGAGGAAAACGUGCACCUGGCGCGCUCACAGGCCCAGGACAAGCUGGACAAAUACGCCAUUCAGGAGAUGGUGGAGGACAAGCUGGCCGGGGACAGGCACUCGUACCUGGAGCGGAUGCGCAGGGCCCCUGAGAUCCUGGUGCGCCUGAGGUCCCACACCGUCUGGGAGAGGAUGUCUGUGAAGCUGUGCUUCACCGUGCAAGGCUUUCCCACCCCCGUGGUGCAGUGGUACAAGGACGGGAGUUUGAUCUGCCAAGCAGGAGAGCCGGGGAAGUACAGGAUCGAGAGCAAGUACGGCGUGCACACGCUGGAGAUCAACAGGGCAAACUUCGACGACACCGCGACCUACUCGGCCGUGGCCACCAACGGGUAUGGGCAGGUGUCGACCAACGCCGCCGUGGUGGUGAGACGGUUCCACGGAGACGAGGAGCCGUUCCGCUCGGUGGGACUCCCCAUCGGACUGCCCCCCUCGUCGGUGCUUCCAUACAUGCACUUCGACGUGCAGUUCUUGGAGAAGUUCGGGGUCACCUUCCGGAGAGAGGGCGAGACGGUCACUCUCAAGUGCACGCUGCUGGUGACGCCGGAGCUGAAGCGGGUGCAGCCGCGCGCCGAGUGGUACAGAGACGAUGUGCUGGUGAAGGAGUCCAGGUGGGCCAAGAUGUUCUUCGGGGAGGGCCAGGCGUCCCUGUCCUUCAGCCACCUGAACAAGGACGACGAGGGCCUCUACACCUUGAGGAUUGUGUCCAGAGGGGGCGUCAGUGAGCACAGCGCCUUCCUGUUUGUCCGAGACGCCGACCCGCUGGUCACCGGGGCCCCGGGCGCGCCCAUGGACCUGCAGUGCCACGAUGCAAACCGCGAUUACGUCAUCGUGACCUGGAAGCCGCCCAACACGACCACCGAGAGCCCCGUCAUCGGCUACUUCAUUGACCGAUGUGAAGUGGGAACGGACAACUGGGUUCAGUGCAAUGACGCGCCCGUGAAAAUCUGCAAAUACCCCGUGACUGGACUUUUCGAAGGCAGGUCUUACGUGUUCCGCGUGAGGGCGGUCAACAGCGCAGGCAUCAGCCGGCCGUCCAGGGUGUCCGAGGCCGUGGCCGCCCUCGACCCCGUUGACCUCAGGAGGUUGCAAGCGGUCCACUUGGAGGGGGAUAAAGAAAUCGUGAUCUAUCAGGACGACCUCGAGGGCGACGUCCAGGUCCCGGGGCCUCCCACCAACGUGCACGUGUCGGAGAUCAGCAGAACCUACGUGGUGCUCAGCUGGGACCCCCCCGCCCCCCGGGGCAAGGAGCCGCUGAUGUAUUUCAUCGAGAAGUCCGUGGUCGGGAGCGGGAGCUGGCAGCGGGUCAACGCGCAGACGGCCGUGCGCUCCCCGCGGUACGCCGUCUUCGACCUCGCCGAGGGCAAGCCCUACGUGUUCCGGGUCCUGUCGGCCAAUAAGCACGGCCUGAGCGAGCCGUCGGAGAUCACCGCCCCCAUCCAGGCUCAGGACACCAUUGCGGUCCCCUCGGCGCCGGGCCGGGUGCUGGCGUCACGGAACACAAGGACGUCGGUUGUGGUGCAGUGGGACAGGCCCAAGCACGAGGAGGACCUGCUCGGCUACUACGUGGACUGCUGCGUGGCGGGGUCCAACGCGUGGGAGCCGUGCAAUCACAAGCCCAUUGGCUACAACAGGUUUGUGGUGCACGGGCUGACGACCGGUGAGCAGUACGUGUUCCGGGUCAAGGCCGUAAACGCCAUGGGCAUGAGCGAGAACUCUCAGGAGUCGGACGUCAUCAAGGUCCAGGCGGCCCUCACCGUGCCUUCUCACCCCUACGGGGUCACGCUUCUCAACUGCGAUGGCCACUCCAUGACCCUGGGCUGGAAGGUGCCCAGGUACAGCGGGGGCGCCCCCAUCCUCGGCUACUACCUGGACCGGCGCGAGGCCCAGCACCGGAACUGGCACGAGGUCAACUCCUCGCCCAUCAAGGAGAGGAUCUUCACGGUGGAGGGCUUGACGGAGGGCUCCCUCUACGAGUUCAAGAUCGCCGCCGCCAACCUGGCGGGCAUUGGGCAGCGGUCGGACCCCAGCGAGCUCUUCAAGUGUGAGGCCUGGACCAUGCCUGAGCCUGGCCCCGCGUACGACCUGACGUUCUGUGAGGUCAGAGACUCGUCCCUGGUCGUGCUCUGGAAGGCCCCCGUGUACUCGGGCAGCAGCCCCGUCUCUGGCUACUUCGUGGACUACAAGGAAGAGGACUCUGGAGAAUGGAGCACCGUGAACGAGGCGCCCACCGCCAGCCGCUACCUAAAGGUCUGUGACCUGCACCAGGGCAAGACCUACGUCUUCAGGGUCCGUGCGGUCAACGCCAGCGGGGUGGGCAGGCCGUCGGAGACGUCCGAGCCGGUGCUGGUGGAGGCCAGGCCAGGCACCAAGGAGAUCAGCGCCGGCGUGGACGAGGAGGGCAACAUCUACCUGGGCUUCGACUGCCAGGAAAUGACGGACGCGUCCCAGUUCACCUGGUGCCGAGCGUACGAGGAGCUGGCCGAGGACGACCACAAGUUCAGGGUGGAGACGGCCGGAGACCACUCGAAGCUGUACUUUAAGAACCCGGAUAAAGGCGACCUGGGAACCUACUCUGUGUCCGUGAGCGACACGGACGGGGUGUCGUCCAGCUUCACCCUGGACGAGGAAGAGCUGGAACGUUUGAUGGCCCUGAGCAACGAAAUCAAGAACCCCACGAUUCCUCUGAAGUCAGAACUAGCUUAUGAGAUUUUUGACCAGGGCCAGGUCCGCUUCUGGCUGCAGGCUGAGCACCUGUCGCCCGACGCCAGCUACCGGUUCAUCAUCAACGACAGAGAAGUGUCUGACAGCGAGAAACACAAGAUCAAGUGCGACAAGGCGACGGGCGUCAUCGAGAUGGUCAUGGACCGCUUCACCAUAGACAACGAGGGCACCUACACCGUGCAGAUCCGCGACGGGAAGGCCAAGAGCCAGUCGUCGCUGGUCCUCAUCGGAGACGCGUUCAAGGCUGUGCUGGACGAGGCUGAGCUGCAGAGGAGGGAGUUCCUCAGGAAGCAAGGCCCUCAUUUUGCGGAAUAUCUGCACUGGGACGUCACGGACGAGUGUGAAGUCCGGCUGCUUUGCAAGGUCGCAAACACCAAGAGGGAGACGGUGUUCAAGUGGCUGAAGGACGAUGUCCUGUACGACACGGAAGCGCCCGAUCUGGAGAGGGCCGUGUGCCAGCUCCUCAUACCGAAGUUGUCGAAGAAGGACCUCGGUGAAUACAAGGCAACCCUGAAGGACGACAGAGGUCAGGACGUGUCCGUCCUUGAGAUAGCUGGCAAAGUGUACGACGACAUGGUCUUGGCGAUGAGCAGAGUCUGUGGAGCCUCUGCUUCUCCGCUAAAGGUCCUCUGCACCGAGGAAGGGAUACGGCUUCAGUGUUUCAUGAAGUAUUUCACUGAAGAAAUGAAAGUGAACUGGUACCACAAAGAUGCCAAGAUUUCGUCCAGUGACCAUAUGAGGAUUGGAGGCAGCGAAGAGAUGGCCUGGCUGCAGAUCUGUGAGCCCACAGAGAAGGAUAAAGGGAAAUACACCUUUGAGAUCUAUGAUGGCAAAGACAACCAUCAGCGCUCGCUGGACCUGUCGGGCCAGGCGUUCGAUGAGGCCUUCGCAGAGUUCCAGCAGCUCAAGGCAGCAGCGUUUGCAGAGAAGAAUCGCGGCAAGCUGAUCGGUGGCCUGCCUGACGUGGUGACCAUCAUGGAGGGCAAGACCCUGAACCUGACGUGCACGGUGUUCGGGAACCCCGACCCCGAGGUGGUGUGGUUCAAGAACGACAAGGACAUCGAGCUCAGCGACCACUUCUCGGUGAAGGUGGAGCAGGCCAAGUACGUGAGCAUGACCAUCAAGGGCGUGAGCUCCGAGGAUUCGGGCAAGUACAGCAUCCACGUCAAGAACAAGUACGGGGGCGAGAAGAUCGACGUCACCGUCAGCGUCUACAAGCACGGGGAGAAGAUCCCGGAGGUGUCGCCGCCGCAGCAGGCGAAGCCCAAGCUCAUCCCGGCGUCGGCGUCGGGCCCGUGAGGGGCACGGGGUGGGGGGGGCCGUGUGCUUGCUGCGAGGCCCCGCGGCCCGUGCCCGGCUCGCAUGGCCCUUCUGACCGGGCACGGGCGCUGCUGCUGUAGGUCCCCGGGCGGAGUGUGGGCCGCUGGCCCCGUGGGCGCGGAUCCCGUGGCCGGGCGGGCAUGGGGGCCGCGGUGUCCCCGUCCUCGCGGCUCCGGGUCCGGGUUGUAGAGCCCUGCACACGCCUUCCUGGCUGCGCUCCGCUUUCCCACGCUGUACACCAAUAAAAUGUUGAACGGCA